UAAUAUUAUAUCGAUAUUGGUAUAAUGUUUACGUGUGCGUUCCGAUAGUCGACCUAUAAAAGACACCAUUAGGAUUUCGCUGGACAGUAUUUUUCGUGCCUGCUGUAGUGUGCUAGCCGCACAUUAAACAAACAGAUAAUAAUGAAGUUUUGCACCCUGAUCUUCGCCGUGCUGGUGGCGUGUGCAGUCUCCCUCGCGGCAGAGCAUGGCCCCCUGUUGACUGCGCUCCAACCCAAUGACAUUCAGGAGUUCGAGGUGAUCGUGCCUGAGGGAGAACAGAACAGACAGAAGAGAUCUUUACUACUCGGAGCUGGACUAUUGGGCGCUGGUGCUAUUGGAGCGGGAGUACUGGGUGCUGGCGUGUUGGGCGCUGGUCUACUCGGUGCCAAGGCGAUUGGCGCUGGUGUAGUCGGCGGUGCCCUGACGGCUUCUGCACUUGGACGCAGCUAUGGAGGCGGAUGGGGUUAUGGAGGUGGAUGGGGCUAUGGAGGAUAUUAUAGGAGUGGUUAUGGCGGAUACGGUGGAUACAGGAGCUACAGGAGCUAUCCAUAUAGCACUUAUAUAGUAGAAGACUGGUAAAAUUUACCUGUUUAAAUACUAGUUAGGAUUAUUUGUUGAUAAUAAUGUAUAGUUAGUUGAUAAUAUACCGACUCAUAUCAUAUGUAUGUAUUUGAUUAAUAACAAAAUAAAUAUUUUGU